UCGACAGUCAUAAAUGCACAGGGAAAAUGUGGAACGGACGCCUCGCAGAUACAAACGGGCUCCUACCCUGGUGACUGGAAGGAAAUGGAACCCAACUGCAGCUACUCACCAGGCGAAGUCAGACGUCAGGCACAGAGACAUCAUUGGCAUUGUGCAACAGGGAAGAGGAGGCCUCGGCCUUGGAGAGAGCAGACCAUCAUGGCAUAGGGCAGCUCCAGCUCAGCGCCAACGGCUGGUUGUUGAGGAGGUGAGUCGGCAAGAGCAGGAAACGAGGUGUGCAAAGGCUGUCUCACAAGCCAAGCAAGGGCAGUGAUGGGAGGGAGUUGAGAGGAGAAAGUUCUCUUGGAGGGAGCAGAUGGGUAUGGAAGCAUUUCACAUCAGCUUCAUCCUGCGUGCUACGUACGACGUCCUGCCUUCCCCCUCAAACCUCAACCAGUGGUACGGAGAAGACCCGACGUGCCCCCUCUGUCUAUCCCCCGCAAACCUCAAACACAUUUUGUUUGGCUGCAAGACAAGCUUGUCACAAGGCCGUAAUACCUGGCGGCAUAACGAUGUCCUGAAAUGUCUAGCAGCUACCUUGGAGGUUAGACGGAUAAAUGCCCUGCCUCCUACAUCAGUCCAUCCUUCAUUUGCAAGGGAGUUCAUCCGAGAAGGUGUAAAGACAGCUAUACCAUCAGACAUCGGCCAGCCCAGGGAAAGCAAGAGCUGAUAAAAUGUAAUUUACAAUAGAUUCCCACUGGGGAAGAAGAAGAAAACAAGCAGAUACAAUAGAGGCCCCUCAUAACAUUCAGGAGCACAACUACUCACUCUCCCAUGAAGCUUUUAGAGACAUAAUUGAAGGAGGCCAGUUCCGCAGUGCUGGAAAUAGUAGAGCCCAUUUCUGAUAACACCUUCUUAUAGGAAUAAAACUCAGUAUUGUCUCCAUACAUACAGCUCUGAUACACCUGAAGAGAAACAAAUGACCGAACAUGUCAAAGGAAGGUUCAAGAGCAGGAGAUUCCAAUCCUGCUCCUUUAGGACCACUUCAGGAGUUAAUCUUCAACACACCUGUCUGGAAUUUCCUAAUGAUCAUGAAGACCUUGAUUAGCUGGUUCAGUGCAGGAAAAUGGCAGAAGCCAGAUUUUCUCAGGAUGAGUUCUUGUGUCCGGUGUGUCUGGAUCUCCUGAAGGAUCCAGUGACCAUCCAGUGUGGACACAGUUACUGUAAGAGCUGUAUUACAGACUGCUGGGAUCAGGAGGAUGAGAAGAGAGUCUACAGCUGCCCUCAGUGCAGACAGACCUUCAGUCCAAGACCUGCUUUAUUUAAGAACGUGGUGUUUGCUGAAAUGCUGGAGAAACUGAAGAAGACUAAACUUCAAAGUGUGGUUCCUGCUGGAGCUGGAGAUGUUCAGUGUGACGUCUGUACUGGAAGAAAACACAAAGCUGUCAAGUCCUGUCUGGUGUGUCUGAACUCUUACUGUCAGAAUCAUUUUGAGCGUCAUGAGGAGUUUCACCCUGGUAAACGACACAAAGUGAUUGAUGCCACUGGACGACUGCAGGAGAUGAUCUGCCAGAAACACGACAAGCUUCUUGAGGUUUUCUGUCGCACUGAUCAGAAAUGUAUUUGCUUGCUGUGUUUGGUGGAUGAACAUAAAAACCACGACACUGUAUCAGCUGCAGCACAGAGGACAGAGAAAGAGAGAGACUUGAAGGAGACACAGAAGACGUUCCAGCAGAGAAUCCAGCAGAGAGAGAAAGAUCUCCAGCAGCUGAGAGAGGCUGUGGAGUCUCAGAAGCGCUCUGCACAGACAGCAGUGGAGGACAGUGAGAGGAUCUUUACUGAGCUCAUCCGCUCCAUUGAGAGAAGCCGCUCUGAGCUGAUACGGCUGAUCAGAGAUCAGGAAAAGCAAGCAGUGAGUCGAGCUGAAGGACGACUGGAGCGACUGGAGCAGGAGAUCAAUGAUCUGAGGAGGAGAGACGCUGAGCUGGAGCAGCUUUCACACACACAGGAUCACAUCCAGUUCCUGCAGAGUUUCCAGUCUCUCUCAGCUCCUCCUGAAUCUACAGACGUAAAUGAUGAUCUCUUCAGUUCUCUCGUCUCUUCUGAUGAUCUGAGAGCAUCUGUUCAUCAGCUGAGAGACAAAUUGGAGGAUUUCUGCAACGAGGAGCUCAAGAAGAUCUCAGACAGAGUCACAUUCACCAACAUUGUUCCCAGGACCAGGAACCACUUCCUACAAUAUUCCCAUCAGUUCACUCUGGAUCCAAACACAGUGAAUAAACGCCUCCGUCUGUCUGAGAGAAACAGAGUGACAUACACUGGCACAGAUCAGUCGUAUCCUGAUCAUCCAGACAGAUUUGAUGUAUAUGAGCAGGUGUUGUGUAGAGAGAGUGUGUGUGGACGCUGUUACUGGGAGCUGGAGUGGAGUGGAGAUGAAUAUGGUUUUGUGUUUAUAUCAGUGUCAUAUAAGAGCAUCAGCAGGAAGAGAUCGGGUAAAGAGUGUGUGUUUGGAGCUAAUGAUCAGUCCUGGAGUUUGAUCUGCUCUUCCUCCAGUUACUCAUUCAGACACAAUAACAUAGAGACUGUUCUCUCUGUGAAGUCCAUCAUCAGGAGAAUAGGAGUGUUUGUGGAUCACGGAGCAGGAACUCUGUCCUUCUACAGCGUCUCUGACACAAUGAGCCUCAUCCACACAGUCCAGACCACAUUCACUCAGCCGCUCUAUCCUGGGUUUAGAGUUGAUUUUGGAUCAUCAGUGAAACUGUGUUGAUGAAUCAGAAUAGACUGAUGAGAGAUUAUAUACCCAUAAUGCUUUGAGCUGCAUGAUAAAUCAGUAACAGUGUUAUUAUUGAUUCUCUUCUUUUCUCUUUAUGACAUUAAUACUGCAGCUUUACUGCUGUCAGUGAAAUAACAUGUCCGAAUAAAUGUAAUAAAUCCUCACAUAGACAGUAAGAUCAGUGUGUGUUCGUGUGUGUGUGUGUGUGUGUGCGAGAGUCUUGCUGAGUGACCAUGUGUUUCUGUGCUUUUCGCAACCUACAUUUGUGUUAAUUAGUUAAACAGUCAUUUAUUUAAUCAUAUUAAUAAUAAUAAUGAUUAAUAAUUGAUAUUUUUAUACUUUUUUUCCAAUGUUAUUUCUGUUCUGAUAUAAAUAAACCUUUUACCCACUUGACGAACAAAGGUGAUGGGUUU